CGAGCCAUGAGCCAUGAGCCACGAGCCUCCACGAGCCAGUGCUUACCUUACCUUACCUUACCUUACCUUACCUUACCUCAUUGUACCUAUUUCCCUACCUUCCUUAUUCGCUUUGCUUGCUCAUUCAUCUAGACAGAUCAAACCCUCAGCCUCUCGGUCUGACUGUCUCCCUCUCUCACUCUCACUCUCACUCUCACUCAUUACACAUCCACCAACAUCCACCGACAUCACAUCACAUCACAUCUCUCUCUCUCGCCCCAGGCAUCCAUCAUCCAUCCGUCAUCCCGCCGUGUAUACAGUAAGCAAUUUAAUGUGUCGUGUUUGUUACGAAGCGCGAUGCGAUGCGAGGUGAGAAGUGAGAGAGGUACCAGGGGAAGAGGAAGGGGAAGGGGAUAGGGCUGAAUGCGAAUGCGAAUGCGAAGUCUCUCGUAUGCGCCACGAUGGGGCGGACAAUUAGGACAGGGGGGUGUGGCUGGCGGGCUCGUGGGGGAGGGGGGGGGG